GCCCUCCAUCUCAGACCCUAUCUUCACUUCUCCACCGUCGGAUCAUCACUUCCUUUCAUUUCACUUCACAUAUCUCCCUCUCGUAUUUCCCCCCAUCUUCUGAAACACUCGGCCAUUUCAAACGCUUCCCCUUUCUUCCUCCGCGGGCAACUUGCUAAUCUUUCCCUUUCCCUCAGCUCGAGACGGAACCCGGAAAGAUCGCCGGCGAGAAUUAGCCAAAUCCAGUCCGGGGCGAAAAUGCCUUUCAACUACGAGGCCGCCGCUAGUGCCAUCAAGAGCAAGUUCGGGUUCAACGACCGCUCCACCUCGGAGUCCGUGCCGAAUACUCCCCUUCUGCUGAACUCGGCUGCUCAGCAGGACGAGUUUACAUCCGGCAAGCCUCUGUUUGCCGCUUCCGCAGCUCGGAGGAUCGUAGAGUGGGACGAUGAUGAUGACGCUGGUGAAAAGAUCGGGUUGCCGAGUCAGAGCUCCGAGCUCGGUGACGAUUCAUCGUUCUGGAAGGACAACAACGUUCAGGUUAUCAUAAGAAUGCGCCCACUGAGUGGUUCAGAAAUUUCCCAGCAAGGUCAUAAAACUUGCGUCCGGCGAGAGAGUCCUCAGGUGAUAGCUUGGACUGGGCCUCCAGAGUCCCGCUAUACUUUCGAUCUCGUUGCAGACGAGAAUGUUAGCCAGGAACAAAUGUUCAAGGUGGCUGGGUUGCCGAUGGUUGAGAACUGCAUGGGAGGGUAUAAUAGCUGUAUGUUUGCAUAUGGUCAGACAGGAAGUGGGAAGACUUACACCAUGCUCGGAGACAUAGAAGGAGGUACAAGAAGGCACAGUGUCCAUUGUGGAAUGACGCCGAGAGUCUUUGAAUACUUGUUCUCGAGAAUACAAAAGGAAAAAGAUGUUCGGAAAGAUGAAAAACUGAAGUUUGUGUGCAAAUGCUCUUUCCUGGAGAUAUAUAAUGAACAGAUUCUUGAUCUGUUGGACCCAUCAUCGAACAAUUUACAGAUAAGGGAAGAUGUGAAGAAAGGAGUAUAUGUCGAGAAUUUGAAAGAGGUAGAAGUCACCAGUGCUCGAGAUGUAAUCCAGCAGCUUAUUGAGGGUGCAGCAAAUAGGAAAGUGGCUGCAACUAAUAUGAACCAUGCAAGUAGUCGUUCUCACAGUGUAUUCACAUGCAUUAUUGAAAGUAAGUGGGAAUCACAAGGUGUAACUCACCACCGGUUUGCUCGACUUAACCUAGUUGAUUUAGCUGGGUCCGAAAGGCAGAAGAGUUCUGGUGCUGAAGGAGAACGCCUCAAGGAAGCUACAAACAUUAACAAGUCCCUUUCCACCUUGGGCCUUGUUAUUAUGAAUCUUGUUAGCAUAUCAAAUGGAAAAUCACUCCAUGUUCCGUACAGAGACUCAAAGUUGACAUUUUUGCUUCAGGACUCUCUCGGAGGCAAUUCAAAAACUAUCAUAGUUGCAAAUAUUAGUCCAGCUCUCUGCAAUUCGUUGGAAACAUUAGGCACAUUGAAGUUCGCACAACGUGCAAAGUUCAUAAAAAACAAUGCAAUUGUAAAUGAAGAUACUUCGGGAGAUGUGAUUGGAAUGCGGAUGCAAAUUCAGCAGCUGAAGAAAGAGGUUUCCCACCUACGCAGUUUAGUGAAUGAUGGAUCAGGCAGCUUUGCUGGAAUCGAAGCAUCAGCAGUAAGCAUUGCUGGAUCACCUAGUGCAUUUAAAUGGGAGGGUCUUCAAGGAUCCUUCACUCCUUUUGUCUCUGACAAAAGGGCGUCUCAGAAGCCAGACUAUGAGAUUGCCCUUAUUGGAGCUAUUAGGAGGGAAAAAGAUAAGGACAUGGAGUUGAAGGCACUGAAGGCUGAGAACCAGGCAGUCUUGCAACUGGCUAAGCAAAGAGAAGAUGAGAUACAAGGCCUCAAAAUGAGGUUACGAUUCCGCGAAGCAGGAGUCAAGCGGUUAGAGUCAGUUGCUGCUGGUAAAAUUUCAGCAGAGACACACUUGUUGCAAGAAAAGGAGGAACAAUUGAAGGAGAUUCAACUCCUGCGAACCCAAGUAGACAGGAAUCAGGAAGUUACAAGAUUUGCCAUGGAAAAUUUGAAGCUCAAGGAAGAAAUUAGAAGGCUGAAAUCAUACUCCGAAGAGGGUGAAAGGGAGAUUAUGAAUGAACAGAUCACAGUGUUGCAGAAUAAGUUGCUUGAGGCCCUUGAUUGGAAACUUAUGCAUGAAUCAGAAACCUUCUUCUCCCAGAAGGAAGAUUCGGUCAAGGAGAAAGAUGAGGAUAUUGAUCUCUUCAAGUUAAGCAAGGAAUCUGGAUCCCCUUGGCGUUUGAAGGAAGAGAAUGAAUUCCUCUGUAUGCAGGCUAUUCAAAACCAGGCAGAAAUAGACACUCUCCAUAAGCAGUUGAGCUUCUGCCUAGAAGAAAGAGACAAACUUGAAAGGCAUGCCAGUGAGUUGGCAGAACAACUUGAAGAAGCCAGAAAACACAUAAAGGAGGAGGAGCCCUCAGUUCGUAUUAACAAUCACAUGGAGCUCAAGUCCAUGGUUGUUGCAAUUGCUGCUGCAACUCAACGAGAAGCAGAAUUAUCCAAUGAGAAUGCCGAAGUGAGAUCAAAGCUCGAAGCUCGGAUCCACGAAAACGAAGAACUUCAGUCAAAGCUGAAGGCCUUGAUCGAAGAGAAGAACAGUCUCAUUGAGAUGUACGAACGUGCAGCUUCUGAAAGCAAAUACAAAGCUUCCUGUGACAACAACAUGGACGUAGACAGCCCAGGCAACAAACCAAACAGCUCAGAGUCGAGGAAAGCAGCCCUCGAGAAGUUAGAGCAGCAGCUUACAGAGAUGCACGAAGAGAACGACAGGUUGCUUGGACUCUACGAAGCUGCAAUGCGCGAGAAGGAUGAACUGAGAAAGAAGUUGCAUACAUCAGAAGAAGCAAAGUUGAAGCUAGAAACAGCCGAGGAGAAUAAGCUAUCGGAUUCUGCCCGAACUCUGACAGCAAUGGAGGAGGCUUUUACAGAGUUCGACAGAGUCUCCUGUGGAGUGGAAGCCAAGCAACAGGAGCUGAGCUCCUUGGAGCUUCAAUCCAAGGCAUUGCAGCAUGCAAAAUCAGUCACGGAGAACAAGUUCUCGGCACUCAGAUGUUCCCUCUCCAGCUUCUCCUCAUCCCUCACCUACUUCGAUCAGCGAGAAGCUCAAGCAAGGGCAAGAGUGAACGCUUCAUCAUCUUACCUCUCCCAAAAGGAAGAGGAGCUUGCCCGUCUUCAGGCCGAGAAGACAGAACUCGAGGCUGCAACAACAGGUAACAAGGCCAAACAAUCCCAACUCGAGCUGAAGAGCAAGAUUUCAGCUUUGAGAUCCAAGCUCGACGAAGAGAACCGACGGCGUGAGAACGAGAAGGUCCUGCUGGCCAUCGACAACAUCGAGAGAGUAGACGGAGGAGGAGCGUUCGGCAAAGCCACGGAGCUGCUGAAGUCGGAGGAAGAGAGAGCCAAGGUGCAUGCCGAGCUGAAGCACUCCAUCGACAGGCUUGGCUCCAUGAGGAAGGAGGCCGAGGAUUCGAACAGGAAAUUGAGCAAGGUCGUGGCCGAGUUGCAGGGCCUUCAGUCGGAAGUAGAGAGAAGCAAGAUUACAGCAGAGGAAAUGAAGGUUGCACUCGACAAGGUAGCGGAGGAGAAGGAAGCCGUCCUGGAGAUGAUCGGAAAUGGCAGGUCGGAGCUGGAGCGGAUGGUGGUGGAGUAUCAGCAGGCAGUGUUUGCUGUAGAUUUGAACGAGGCCGAGAUGAAGAUGACGGAGGAGGAAAUGGUGGCGGAGGUGGGGAGGAUGGAGGAGUUGAGAGCUCUGAAGUCGGCAGUUGCAGAAGAUGUGAGGAAGAGAUGAAGUGUCUUGAACCAGAGCUGUUGCUAACGGCAGAAGUUUAGGUAUUGCUGCUUGGCUUUCAUUUAUCAAACAUGUCGUUUGUCCAACCCAAGCUUGCAUUUGUUUGUACAGCCUCUGAUGUUAUUUUGCUUGUAAAGAACUGUCGGUAUAUCCUGGUUCAGUUUUUAAUUUGUUAGUUGAUAAUAAUAUAAUAUUUGAUAUUUGCCAUGUGUUAUUUUGAAAUAAUUCGUUUUACCACUCUACUUUUACCAAAUACCACAUGUCAAAUACCAUAUUUACAUAUUUCAACCAAACGAGAUACUUUAUUUCAAUUCAAUUACCACUAAAAU